AUGCUCGAUGAAGGUUUUGAUGCUUAUCUCCUCAGGCUUAGCAAGCCUGGGGCCUGGGCCGGCAGCAUCGAACUCGCCGCGGCCGCGGCUACUCUUGCGCAGCAGAUCUUUGUCUUCCGGCCGAAUCCCGACCGAGCGGGCGAGUUUGACAUCCGGGUCUUCGGUGCCCCUGGCUCCAAGACGCCUCUUGCCCUUUGGUUUCGCGAUCGCCACUAUCAGGCGCUUGUGGGCGAAAGCGCUGACCUUGAGAAUGCCUCUGCGGGGGCCGUCAAAGCUGAGAUUGGUGACCCUGCUGAACGUGGUGGCGCUCCUUCUGCCGGGCGGGCUGCCUCUUCCUUGGGUGGCCGGACCCCUGCCUCGACGCUUGGUGGUUGCACUGCUGGGCCUGCUGCCCCUUCUUCCGUUGGUGGCCAGACGCGGUGCUCCCCUCCGGCUGCCCCCUCUUUGCUUGGUGGCAAGUCGCAGUCUGCCUCUACUUCUUCACGCAAUAAGCAUGCCAUCUGCCAGCGUAGGUUUCGUGAGAAUCCUUUGGUCCGCGGAGGCAGGCCUCGCUUUGAGUGUGAUCUCUGUGACUUUGCCUUUGAAGGCUCCAGGGCUGCUGUUACCAGUGCCAGGCACCACCACCUUGUCCGGUUUCAUGAUGGCGUUGGGUUGCCUGGGGCCAUCAGGGUCGACUAUGGUGUGUUUAGGCAACUUCGCAAAGAUGAGUGCACUGCUGAGCGCUACAAGUGGAAGUGCCCGCUGUGUCGGUUUGGGCUGCCUGAAGGUGUUGAGGUGAGCAAGCAUGCCAAGGAGAUCGCGACCGCGCGGCACAGGCAGCAGCGGCAUCCUGGCAUCACCAAUGCCGCGUUCCAGCAAGCCGCGUGUCAGCAGGCCCAGGCUCGCCAGCGUGCUUUGGCCAGGCGACGUGCUGCUGCUGCUAACAAGAAGUCUGCUGUAAGGGACGUGCCGACGACUGCGGCCCCUAAGGGUUUUACUUUGGUGCGUUGGCCUAACGUCGAUUUCCCGCGGGGCCGGGCACGUGGAAGGCUGGGCGUGCGACUUGUUCCGCAGUGCCUUCGAUGUCAUCAUGUGUAUGCUAGCCCUCCUUCGAAAUCCCAGCCUUGGACUUCGGCUUGCUGUCAGCGUGCUUUUGCGCUCUCGUUUGCUUCGCGCAAAGCUGCCCAUGUCAAGCGGACGCGCGCCCUUGAGUGCCGCAUUCGCAAAAUCAGGGGCACCAAGCAUGGCUUCCCCGCCGAUCAACUUGAGAGCCUCUUCCAGGAGGUCCAGGCCGUGGCUUCGCUCUUUGCUGAUGAGCGCUUGGCGGUGCUUGCUUUGCAGGAGAUUGAUCUCAAUGCUCACUCGCUUGGCAAUGUCACCGCUGCCUUCCGUCGUCAUGGGCUGCAGUUCUUUGCCGGGCCGUGCGGGUCUAGAGGGCAUCGUGUUGGCCUCCUCUCCAGGCUGGAGUGUGCUCCCGUGCUCCUUGAAGGCAUCGCCGAUCCAUCGCGUGUUGCUGCAGUCACCACUGAGCUGCGGUGUGGUCACUCGAUCCGCAAGGUUGUCUUGUGCUCUCUUUACGGCCAUGCCGAGGAUGUUGAGGCGGCUUCGGCCCUUGCUCGUGACGUGCUGGUGCAGCUGAAUGCUUCGGGCUUUUCCUGGAUUGCGCUGGGCGAUUUCAAUGUGACGGUCGAGGAGGCACCUUGGGCAGGCACUCUUGCUGGCCUUCCUUUCGCCAGAGUCCUUGACAACGACUUCCUCGAGUGCGGGCCCUUGCCGGCCACCUCCCCAAGCCGCAUUCGGAGGAUCGACUACGCUGUGUCUUCCAGAUUGGUCGUUGCCACGGAGGUUUGUGGUUUUUGUGGUUGUGCUGAUCACCUGGGGACGGCUUACACCCUUGACCUUGAGUCUCCUGCCGGCUUUGUUCCGCCUGCUCGCUUGCCUUUAGCCGAGGUCGAAGUUGACGAAGCGAGGUGGGCUCGCUUCUGGCGUGCUCGUGCUCGCAGCUUUCGUGAAGCUUUGAAGGUCGACUGCACUGGGGCCUGGGAGCUCCUGUCUGCUGCUGCUGAGGAAGCGCUCGCUGGUGAGGGUGUUGAGGCUGUGCCUGGGGUGGUUGCUCGCCACGCGCUCUGGACUCCUAAACGUCCCCGGGAUAAGCAUCGGGCCGCGGCUGGCGUUGAUUCCCUCUUACUGGUUCGCCUUCGGCGCCUGCAUCGGCGGCUCGCGCAUCUUGCUCGGGUGCCCGCUGAUGCUCCCUUGCUUCGUAAAGUGCGGGGUGAUCUGCAUUGCGCUGCUGAGACCUUUCCGGAGCUUCGCGCUUUCGCUGAUGCCAAUCCGCUUGAUGCGUUGGAGUCCGUUGCCGGGAUUGUUAAGCUUGUGGCUGAUGACGAGAGGCGGGCGGCCUUGCGGCGCUGGCUCGCCACUACUUCGGACGACUUUGGUGCUCAAUGCUCCUGGGUUCGUCGCCGCUGUGCUUUGGAGGAGGCCGCUGAUCGGCCCUCUGUGCCUUUGGGGGACCUGGAUCCUCGGGUCGUCACUGCUCCUACUGAGGUGCUCAAGCAGGCCGAAUCCGAGUGGGCUCCUCGCUGGACGGCCCGUCGCGAUCGUUCCGAUGAUGCAGUGCUGCACGCGCUUCGUGCCCUCCCUGAAGUUCCUCAGUGUGCGUGGCAGGUCACUUUUGAUGGCCCGAGUCUGUGUGGCAUGGCUCGGUCCAUGAAGGGCAAGGCCCCGGGGGUGGACCAGUGGAGGGCCGAGGAGCUGUUGCUUUUGCCGCCUUCCUUCUGGCAGUCCUUGGCUGAGCUUUGGCAAAGCAUCGCUGACAGAGGCGACGUGCCGCGCCCUUGGCAGAGAGUGCGCAUUGCUUUGUUGCCCAAGCGGCAGGGAGGCACUCGGCCUCUCUCGCUCCUUUCUGUUGUUUGGAGGCUGGGUGCUAAGCACAUGUUGCACCAGCUCGAUGCUUGGGUGGGCCUUUGGCUUGACCACACUUCGUGCGGCGGUGUGCCCGCUCGGUCCGGCAAGGAUCUUGUACACCAGCUUUUGGCCGGCAUGAGGGAGCAUACGCAAUCUGCCGUGGUUGCUCAGGACUUGGCCAAGUACUUUGAUGCCAUUGACGUCAGAGACUUGAUGGUUGUGCUCAGGCGGCUUGCUGCGCCUCCCCAACUGGUUGCUGUGGUCCAGGCGCUGUACGACGGUCAGGAGCGCUUGUUCAGCCGUUCGGGCUUCCUUUCAGGGAGCUGGGUUCAGGCUUCUAGGGGGUUGUGUCAAGGUUGCCCGCUCAGCCCGUUGCUGGCAGCCGCAGUGCUUCGUGGGUGGUCUGCACUUCUUGGCACAGCUGGUGCUAGGGCUGCCUCCUUUGUCGACGACAGGUACUUUUGGGCCAGCAGCUCUGACACUCUCUGCUCUGCUAAAGCUCUGAGCGACGAGUACGACACUGCCUUUGGUUUCCACUGUGACAGCAGGAAAUGUGCCAUCGCGGCGUCUUCAGCCUCUGGCAUUGCUGGUGAAGUAGCGGCUGUCUGCGGCUACUCUCGCGUUGAGCAGCUCACGAUCCUGGGCCUCACCCUUGACUUUGGGCAGGAGGGUGCUGCUGUGCCUGCUGCUUUCGCUCUUGGCCACGUGCGUCGCAGGCUGAGGUUGGUUGCUGUGCUUACCCGCAGCUUCAUCGCGCGCCGCGCGUUGAUGCGCCGCUUGGUCAUGCCGAUGAUCACUUGGGCCGGUGCCUUUGGAGUCGUCUCUGCCGAUGAUGCCCGGGCUCUUCGACGGGACUUUCUGUUCAGGGUUGGUUCUGCUACCGCGCGGGACAAGGCAGUUCCGCUCUGCUUGGCUGUCGUGGGCUACGAGUGCGACCCGUGCUUCAUGCGCCACUGGGCGGUGCUGCAUGAGCUCAUUCGGCUCCGCUCUGGCACUCGUGCUUGGCAGGACACUGCGCCGCUUUCCGUUGCGCUGAGGCCGCUGGGGCAGACCCUGCCGAUCAUCUCUUCGAUCCUGCGGGAGCUUGGUUGGCAGCUUUCGGCUGAUGAAAGGAGCUUGCAAAGACUCGAUUCCUUGGGUGUGUGGCGCAGCUUUCGCUUUGGCUUCGAUGGGCCCCAGGUCCUUCACUCUUGGCUCGCUGACUUCCACCGCCGGGCUGACGUUAAGAGCUGUGGUAGGCUCCGGCUGGACUACCACCGGUCCGUUCAGGGCCUUGCGACUGGUCCGUCGUUGCCUGUCCCUGCUGAGCCGUUGUGCCUCUUCGCGGGCCACCACAAACUCUACGGUACGGGCUCUCGUGCAUUGGACAAGCUGUGCCUUGGCCAUGGUUGCUCGGCCUGGGAUAAGCAGAAGGCCCACCACCUGGAGGUGCUGCCGUCAUGCGUGUGUGGUCUGGAGGCACCCAGCAGGCCUCACUUGCUGUGGGGGUGCGCCCACUUUCCUCAGUGCUCUGCUGCUGUGGGGGCGCCUCGCGAUCGCAUCCAGGAGCGGUUGCUUGGCUGUGCUGUCCCUGAGUGGCCUGCCCCGCCGCCGGUGAUUGACACUUCCGACAUCGUCGAAGACCUUGCCGAGGCACUGCGCACUGCAUGGGUCCCUGAGAGGCCCUGGCUGCAUGUCGCCACCGAUGGCUCCUGUCAUGCUGAAGUUGCUUCCUUCUCGGUCGUCCUUGACCAGGGGACAGAGGUCGCUGCAGGCGUGGAGGGUGAAGACCAGUCUGCGUACAAGGCCGAGCUGAGUGCCCUUGCGCUGCUCGUUAGAGCGGCCCUCUUCCUCGACGUCGUCGGCACACUGUGGGUUGUCGUCGAUUGCAAGUCUUUGUUGGAUGCCGUGGCGGGGCGCGGAUCUCUCGGAGCUCUGGUGUCCCAGAUCACUGCUGGCAUUGCCGUGCUGAAUGCCAGGGGUUUGCUUCUUAAGCUUGAGUGGGUUCCGAGCCAUGGCAAGCCCGUGCCUGUUGGCUGGGCUGCCUCGUCCGGUGCGGCAGAGAGUUUCCUGCGGGCUCUCAACGAGCGAGCUGACCGCGUUGCUCGGCAACAUAAUGGCCGCCGCUGCCAGCAUUCAGCGCGCCUGAGGUGUCUUGCGGCGCGCGAGACUGCUCUCUGCUGGGAGGUUGCUGCCUUGCAAGCCGCCUCGCUGGUAGCUUCUCGCUGGGACGCUGGGUAA